AUGCCGGACUUCAAGCUCUCGGCCCAGUUGAAGGGCCAUGAGGCGGAUGUCCGAGCUGUUUGCUUCCCAGCCGCGAACACCGUGUUCUCGACCUCCCGCGACCAAACCGUCCGUCGCUGGCACAAAACCACCGACAAGCCCACAACAUUUGACGACACCAUAACGAGUCAGGGACACGGCUAUAUAAACUCCCUUACAUUCCUCCGCGCCUCCUCCGACUGGCCUGACGGUCUGGUCAUCUCAGCCGGUCAAGAAGCCAUCAUCGAAGCGAAACGACCGAACCUAACCACAACCGACAACGCCGAUCGUCUCCUCAUUGGCCACGGCCAUAACGUAUGCACCCUAGAUGUGUCUCCCCGCGGAACCUACGUCGUAUCUGGUGGCUGGGACGGAAAGGGACUCGUUUGGGAUACCCAAAAGUGGCAGAUUUCGGCCCAACUCGUACACCAAGGCGAGGUCAAGAGUGUCUGGGCUGCCCUGGCCUACGACGAGCACACGGUGAUUACAGGCAGUGCAGACACCCAUAUCCGCAUCUUCGACAUUCGUCAAGCCAACCCCAACGGCGAGGUCGAACCACGACGUACGCUUACCACCAACUCCGUCGUCCGCGCCAUAUGUAAGCUCCCUGGCGGCAUCAAGGGACAUCCGAGCGGGGCCGAGUUUGCAAGCGCCGGAAACGAUGGCAUAAUCCAGCUUUGGAAAAUGAACGGUACCCAGGUCGGGGCUCUGCAGGGCCACGACAGCUUCAUAUACUCUCUCGCUUGCUUGCCCACGAGCGAAAUCGUCAGUGCUGGGGAGGACCGAACGGUCCGCAUCUGGAGGGGUUCCGAAUGUAUCCAAACAAUAACGCACCCCGCCAUUUCGGUAUGGUCGGUUGCCGUCUGCCCCGAGAAUGGAGACAUUGUUUCCGGUGCCAGCGAUAACAUGAUCCGCGUUUUCACUCGCAACGCGGAUCGCACGGCACCGGCCGAAGCUCUAUCCCAGUUUGAGGAAUCGGUUCGGGCAUCCGCCAUCCCCCAGCAGCAGCUUGGUCCUUCGAUCAACAAGGAACGGCUGAACCCGAAGUCCUGGCUCCUCAACAAUGCAGGCAAGAAGGAUGGCCAAGUGACCACUGUUCUCGAGGACGACGGAAACAUCGGGGCCUAUCAGUGGUCGUUGGGCGAACAGCGGUGGGUUCACGUCGGAAUGGUGGUGGACUCAACGGGAAGCAGCGGACGGAAGGUCGAAUAUAACGGCAAAGAAUACGAUUACGUGUUUGAUGUCGACAUUGAGGAAGGCAAGCCGCCACUCAAGCUGCCGUACAACCUCACCGACAACCCAUACGAGGCGGCAACCAAAUUUCUAGGGGACAACGAACUUCCCAUAUCUUACAUUGAUCAAGUGGCCCAGUUCAUCGUCAGCAACACCAAGGGGGCAACCAUUGACCAGAGCGCUGAGGCCCCCUCUACCGACCCAUUCGGGACAGAAUCACGGUAUCAGGCGGAGCAGAUAGAACAGUCGAAAAAAUACCUACCGCACACGGAGUACCUCGCUCUCACUCAGGCCAAGUGGGAGCCGGUAACAAAGAAGCUCAAGAGCCUCAACGAGAAGCAUGUCUUGGCGGGGAACAAGCAUAUUGCGUUGAACCCCGAUGGUGUCAAACGCCUUGAGACGGUCCUUCAAACGACAAUGGGGACGACGAUCCAAAAGACAAGCCCCCCAGCACUCCUCGAAUCCCAGCGCAACAUCUACAUGCUCGCCACGCAAUGGCCUUACGGCGACCGGCUCCCGGCUCUCGAUGUCCUCCGUUGUUUCGUUGCAUGGCCGGGUUCGGCAUCAUUGAAUGACAGCAAAUACGGCAGCGUCAUCGACAUCAUCCUCCGCGGCGCCCUGGACAGCCAGGACCCAAUCUCAUCCGAUGACAGCCCCUUGACCGACUUUAUCAAAACGGCCGACGCCUCCAAGCUCAACGUCAACAACGUCAUGAUGGCCGUCCGCGCAGUCACCAACCUCUUCGCCACCCCUGAAGGUCGCGCCCUCGCGACUUCGAAAGCAACCGCCAUCCUUACCCUCUUAGCGCGCAUCGCGGGCGUGGCGGAUGACGAGGCCGACCCCAUCGGCGCGGCCAACAACAAUCUUCAGAUCGCUCUGAGCUCAGCAGCGUUCAACUACGCCUGUCUCGCUUUCAACGAGAAGGACUCGAUCGACGGGGAGGUCCCGAUGCAGCUCUACCCAAUAGCGGAGGCGGUUAUCCAACGCCAGACUGACCCGGAGGUGCUCUUCCGCGCGCUCAUGACGUUGGGGAUGUUGGCGGCUGCUGGUGGGGACGCGCGGGAGGUGGCCGAGGUCCUGGGGCUUCGUGAGCUCGCGGCGGCGGCAGCGAAGAAAUCGGAUGAUGCGAGGAUCAAGGCGGUUGCGCAGGAGUGCUCGGCGUAUCUAAGGAAGUAG